CGGCUGGCGGACGGUGGCCGACAGGCUGCGCCCGCCCGCGCCCGGGGUGAUGCAGCUGCCCCCAGCGCUGUGCGCCCGCCUCGCCGCGGGGCCCGGGGCGGCGGAGCCGCUGCCUGUAGAGCGGGACCCCGCGGCUGGGGCCGCGCCCUUUCGCUUCGUUGCGCGCCCGGUGCGCUUCCCGCGGGAGCACGAGUUCUUCGAGGAUGGGGACGUGCAGCGCCACCUCUACCUUCAGGAGGUGCUCAUGCAGGUGGCCGACGCGCCUGAGAAGCCCAGGGUGCCCGCGUUUGCCUGCCAGGUGGCCGGCUGCUGCCAGGUGUUCGAUGCCCUGGACGACUACGAGCACCACUACCACACACUGCACGGAAAUGUUUGCUCCUUUUGCAAGCGGGCCUUCCCUUCCGGACAUCUGCUGGACGCCCACAUCCUGGAGUGGCACGAUUCGCUCUUCCAGAUCCUGUCUGAGAGGCAGGACAUGUAUCAGUGCUUGGUAGAAGGCUGCAGAGAGAAGUUCAAGACCAGCAGAGACCGGAAGGACCAUAUGGUGAGGAUGCACCUGUACCCCGUGGACUUCCGGUUUGAUAAGCCAAAGAAAAGCAGAAGCCCAGCCUCAGUGGAAGUCCCAGGGGACAGUGGAGAGCGGUCAGAAGGGGAGGCCAUGGAAAUCUGCUCCGAGCCUGUGGUGGCCUCCCCUGCACCGGCCGGUGAGAGGCGGACCUACAGUCAUAGAAUACCCUCUACCAUCUGCUUUGGUCAGGGUGCUGCUCGAGGAUUUAAAAGCAACAAGAAGAAAACCAAACAGUGCUGAUAGAUUCAGAAAAGAAGUGGGGGGCAGUCACCACUGGUGGGAGUGGCAUCCAUUGUGGGCCUUUCUCCGACCUUCUGCUGUGGCCACCCGGGGGCCAGGCCCUCACCAUCCUCCCUGUCUCUGUUCCUCAACAAAUGGCAUCAGCAGCCAUCAUCAGAAGCAGUGAGGGACCCACAGAUUGUGGAAACGACCUCGAGACACUAUUGGGACUGAGAUGCGGAUGGCCUGCCUCCCCCUGCAGGGCAAACCCUAAGAAUGUAUUUUUAAACAUAUGAAAUAAGUAUUUUUCACUGAU